AUGGCUCAUUCUUCAGUCACACAAGUAAGGAGUAAGUAUAAUCCUGCACUUCUAGCAGCUGAAGACACCGAGGCAGAAGAAUUGAGUUUUGAAACUGCAAAGUCUCUUGCACUGCAUGGGGCAUAUGUAAUCCUGGCCUGCAGAAAUAUGUCAAGAGGCAAUGACGCUGUACAACGCAUUCUUGUGGAAUGGCAUAAAGCCAAGGUAGAAGCAAUGACCUUAGACCUUGCUUCUCUUCAGAGUGUGCAGCACUUUGCUGAAGCAUUCAAAUCCAAGAAUGUGCCUCUUCACAUACUGAUCUGCAACGCUGCCAUCUUUGGUGCUCCCUGGUGCUUGACAGAGGAUGACCUGGAGUCCACCUUCCAGGUGAACCACUUGGGGCAUUUCUAUCUUGUCCGGCUUCUGGAAGACAUUUUAUGCCAGUCAUCUCCUGCUAGGGUUGUGAUGGUGUCCUCCGAAUCACACAGAUUUACAGAUAUUAAAGACUCUUCUGGAAAACUCGAUUUCAGCCUGCUUUCUCCAUCUAAGAAAGAGUAUUGGGCUAUGUUGGCCUACAAUCGUUCCAAGCUUUGCAAUAUACUGUUCUCCAACGAACUGAACCAACGCCUUUCUCCCCACGGGGUGACGUCUAAUGCAGUCCAUCCUGGAAAUAUGAUUUACUCCUCCAUUCAUCGUAACUGGUGGGUGUAUACCCUGCUGUUUACCUUGGCUCGACCUUUCACCAAAUCCAUG